CACAGUGUAAGUUUGCUAAAGAAACUUAGAGGUGUGUGUUUUCUCAAAAGCUCGCCAUGUUCAACUAACUACCGCACGGCUUCUGAACUGGAUGGCUAUUUUUCACCAGUCUUUCUAAACUGGAUUUGCACCAGGUUUGACAUUGACUAGGUUACCCAUAUAUCAGAAUGAAUUGGGCAUUUCUGGAAGGACUAAUAAGUGGUGUUAAUAAGUACUCAACUGGCUUUGGCCGGGUGUGGCUUACAAUGGUCUUCAUUUUUAGAGUCUUGGUGUUUGUGGUAGCAGCUCAAAAAGUAUGGGGUGAUGAAACAAGUGAUUUUAUUUGCAACACCAGGCAGCCAGGCUGUGAGAAUGUCUGCUAUGAUAGUGUUUUUCCGAUCUCUCAUAUACGUAUUUGGGCUUUGCAACUGAUAUUUGUGACCUGCCCUUCUCUGCUUGUUGUAGCCCAUGUGAAAUUUCGGGAAGAGAAGGACAAAAAGUAUGCAGCUGGGCACAAAGGCUCCCAUCUUUACAACAACCCUGGAAAAAAGCAUGGUGGACUGUGGUGGACAUAUCUCCUGAGUCUUGUUUUUAAGGCUUGCUUGGAUGCUAUAUUCUUGUACAUCUUAUACUACAUCUAUGAAGGCUAUGAUCUACCUCGGCUCACCAAGUGUUCUCUUCCACCAUGUCCCAACACUGUAGACUGCUUCAUUUCUCGCCCCACAGAGAAAAGGAUUUUCACUAUGUUCAUGGUGGUCACAUCGGCAAUUUGUAUUGCUAUGUGCCUUGUAGAGAUUUUCUACUUGGUCAGCAGACGCUGUGUGAAGCUUUACAAUCGGCGGCAGAUGAUGUACAGCAAGACCAUAGAGUGCAAAACCAGUCUUCAAAGCUACAAGCUGGAGAAUAGCUCAGAAAAUACUAACUCAGAGUGCCUAAGUGAUACUCCUGUGUCAAGACACAAGAAAACCUCAGAUCCUAAUACAACUAUAUAAAUGAGAUUUCAAAAGUUUUCAAUUAUUGUACCUGUUUGGAAGCAAAAUGUAAUUUUUUACCUUAUCAUAUGAUCAUUUUUUGCAUUUGGAAAUUACCAGCUAAAAUUAUUAAACAGACAGAAAAACAAACAAGCUAA